AGCGAGUUCCUGCUGCUGCGCCGGUGCGGUUAAUUUUAGCCAGGGUUUGUUCUAUGAGUUGUAACACUGUUUACCCAAGUAGAAGUUAGUAAGCUGAAAUGUGACUUCUCGGCCUGAUGUGAUAGGAUAUCUAUUUUAGACUGCAGACUGGGUUUAUGGUGGGGAGAGCAGUCUUCUGAAGAAUUGCGGCUCAGAUUUCCUUUGAAAGUGCUUGAGGAGACAUCACAGCUUUCCCAGAUUGGGAGGAAAAAUAUGGAAUGUGUUUUACCACUGACUGAACACAACCAAAUGAACUGUACUGACAGUAGUUUGAAAACCAGCAGUUAGCAGUUUGUUCAGGCUCUAACAUUGUCCAGCACUUUCCAGAGCAAACUCACUGUUUACAAGAACUCUCGGCCUUACGACGUUUAUAACCUCAAGCUUUGUUUAUUUAAAAUAUUUCUGCAAAAGAAAAGUACCCGGAGCCCACUUUCCAAAAUGGCCAUGGAUGAGUAUUUGUGGAUGGUCAUUUUGGGUUUUAUCAUAGCUUUUAUCUUGGCGUUUUCUGUUGGUGCAAACGAUGUUGCCAAUUCAUUUGGUACUGCUGUGGGCUCUGGCGUGGUGACCUUGAGACAAGCAUGCAUUUUGGCUUCAAUAUUUGAAACCACUGGCUCAGUGUUACUGGGAGCCAAAGUGGGAGAGACCAUUCGAAAAGGUAUCAUUGAUGUGAACCUAUACAAUGAGACAGUAGAAACACUAAUGGCCGGGGAAGUUAGUGCAAUGGUCGGGUCAGCAGUUUGGCAGUUGAUUGCGUCCUUCCUGAGACUCCCCAUCUCGGGCACUCAUUGCAUUGUCGGUUCUACCAUAGGAUUCUCACUUGUCGCGAUUGGCACACAAGGUGUACAGUGGAUGGAGCUCGUCAAGAUUGUUGCUUCUUGGUUUAUAUCUCCACUGUUGUCUGGUUUCAUGUCUGGCGUGCUGUUUGUACUGAUCAGAAUUUUCAUCCUAAAGAAGGAGGACCCUGUUCCCAAUGGCCUGCGGGCACUCCCAGUGUUCUAUGCAGCUACAAUAGCAAUAAAUGUGUUUUCCAUCAUGUACACGGGAGCACCAGUGCUUGGUCUGGUCCUUCCCAUGUGGGCGAUAGCACUCAUCUCCUUUGGUGUUGCACUGCUGUUCGCCCUUUUUGUAUGGCUCUUUGUGUGUCCAUGGAUGCGGAGGAAAAUAGCAGGCAAAUUACAAAAAGAAGCUGCUUUAUCGCGAGUGUCUGAUGAAAGCCUCGGGAAAAUUCAGGAAGCAGAGUCCCCGGUAUUUAAAGAGCUACCAGGUGCCAAGGCCAAUGAUGACAGCACCGUCCCUCUCACGGGGUCAGCGGGGGAGCCGGCUGGGACCUCGGAAGGCACAUCAGUGGGGAACCACCCCCGGGCCUCCUAUGGAAGGGCACUGUCCAUGACCCAUGGCUCGGCAAAAUCACCCAUCUCCAACGGCACCUUCGGCUUCGACGGCCACACGCGGAGCGACGGGCACGUGUACCACACGGUGCACAAGGACUCGGGGCUCUACAAGGACCUGCUGCACAGAAUGCACACGGACAGGGGCCCUGAGGAGAGGCCCGCCCCGGAGAACAACUACAGGCUGCUGCGGCGCAACAACAGCUACACGUGCUACACAGCCGCCAUCUGCGGGCUGCCCGUGCACGCCACCUUCAGAGCCACCGACUCAUCCUCCGCGCCCGAGGACAGCGAGAAGCUGGUGGGCGAUGCCGUGUCCUACUCCAAGAAGAGACUUCGCUACGACAGCUACUCGAGCUACUGCAAUGCGGUCGCAGAAGCCGAGAUCGAGGCCGAUGAGGGGGGUGUGGAAAUGAAGCUGGCUUCUGAGCUGACCGAUCCCGACCAGCCCCGGGAGGACCCCGCGGAGGAGGAGAAGGAGGAGAAGGACACCGCCGAGGUCCACCUCCUGUUCCAUUUCCUACAGGUCCUCACUGCCUGUUUUGGAUCCUUCGCUCACGGUGGCAAUGACGUGAGUAACGCCAUCGGUCCCCUGGUAGCCUUGUGGCUGAUUUACGAGCAAGGUGCAGUCCUACAAGAAGCAGCGACCCCCGUCUGGCUGCUGUUUUAUGGAGGAAUUGGAAUCUGUACCGGCCUCUGGGUCUGGGGGAGAAGAGUGAUCCAGACCAUGGGGAAGGACCUCACUCCCAUCACACCAUCGAGCGGCUUUACCAUCGAGCUGGCCUCCGCGUUCACCGUGGUGAUCGCCUCCAACGUCGGGCUUCCGGUCAGCACCACGCACUGCAAGGUGGGCUCAGUGGUGGCCGUGGGCUGGAUCCGCUCCCGGAAGGCCGUGGACUGGCGUCUCUUCCGGAAUAUCUUUGUGGCCUGGUUUGUGACUGUGCCCGUGGCUGGCUUGUUCAGCGCUGCUAUCAUGGCCCUCCUCAUGUACGGGAUCCUCCCCUACGUGUGAUUUGUGUCUUCUUCCACGCUGCGCACAAGGGGUGGUCUAGGGUGGGCACGUGGGGGUGGCACGUGGCAUGCGUCCUGCCCGUGCGCGGGCUGCCCACCCCCGCCCCCAGCUUCUCCGCGUCCCUUUCCUAGGGUUCCAAACCACACUGUUCACCUACACUGUAGAGUCCCCCUCCAGAGCUAACUUAACUACUGUACAGAGUUACGUGCAUUAAACUGGUAUCGUGGUGACACGACGUGGUGCGGUUACUUCCCUGUCUGCUGCAUAGUGUGUACGUAGACUAGACAGCAUUAUCUCCGACAUACUCAAAAUGGGAGUGGAGCUGUAUUGCCUAGGACCCAGUAUUCAACAAAUCCUUGUACAUCGUGAUUUCAGUGGCAAAUUUCAAGAACCUUUUCAAAGGAAAGUGUAGAUUGGAAAGGGGUGUUUCCCCCGUUGAACAGACUGUAAGACAAGUGCGAGUCGGGAUGGCUGGUGCACAUUUGGGCAGGUGUACGUCCACGGGUGUGCUCUUGAUACUGGGGUGGGGGUUCACGAGGGCUCUCACUGAGGAAUCUGUUCAUAUACUGUGUAUUGAUUCUGUAAUAUAUCGUAAUCGCUUCUGUAAAUACUUCAAACUGUAAUUUUGUAAUGGUGUGCUUCCCUAUACCUUUUUGAUCAGAGAAUUUUGGAAAGUACCAAAGAAGCAAGGGAAUAGUUUGCCAGUAUUCUAUUUUCAUAUUGCCUGUCUCCCCUUCUCAUUAAUCCUACCGUUAGCCUGUGCUGGAGGGAGGCCGCCGGGCCCUGGCCUGCCCCUCACAGCGCAGAUGCUGAAGCACCAGCCCUCCCCUCCCCCACCCCCGCCCCCCUACCCCCCCACUGCCACCACAUGCCAGACACUGGUGAACCCCGCAGUGGCCCUUCGUCGUCGUCCGUGUAGAGAGUGUAUGUACGUAAGGAUGCGUGUUCCAGCACCACAUAUCAAGUCCAGUUUAAAUUUUCACCCCUCUUCUCCCCUCGCAGCCUGAAGAACAGAAUUCUUGUCUCAAACACUAAAGCGAAUGAUACAACAUUCUAGCAAUUCAGGAGCAGGGAGAGUUGAAAUAUUAGACGAUACACUGGAUUUGAGGAUUUCCUUGAGGCCUUUACUAAGCUGAACAUCUUGAUGCUCUACUGUAGUCCCGUUGGAUUCUUUUUUUGGUAGCGGGAGGGAGGAAGUGUGACUAAUGUUAGAGCCUGAAACUAUGGAAAUGCUGCUAAAAUUUUUAUAUUGACAAACGUUUUCUUGGUACUUCAUUGUGAUUUUUCAUUAAUCAACCACAUUAAAUUUAUAAUAAAAAAAUGCCCCUCAAAA